AGCGUCAUGUUCUACCUGGCAGCUGCCGUGUCGGAUUUCUACAUCCCGGCCUCGGAGAUGCCCGAGCACAAGAUCCAGUCCUCAGAGGGGCCCCUGCAGAUCACAAUGAAGAUGGUGCCAAAAAUGCUGUCUCCUCUCGUCAAAGAAUGGGCCCCAGAGGCAUUUGUUAUUUCCUUUAAACUGGAGACAGAUCCCUUGAUCUUAAUUGAUAAGUCACGGCAGGCUCUGGAGAAAUAUCGUCACCAGGUGGUGGUAGCAAAUAUCCUGGAGUCGCGGAGAACCUCUGUUGUUAUUGUAACCAAAGACUCACAGACUCCGUUAUCUCUUUCGGAUGAGGAAAUAGCGCAAGGCAUGGAAAUAGAGGAAAAGAUAGUGAGCUAUCUUCAGGGCCAACAUACUGCAUUUAUAGAGAAGAAAGCCUGAGGACUGGCUCUGAAUGAAACCAGGGAAAUUGUACUAGAGAGGGAGCGGAACUGGAGCGAUUCUCUAUCCCAGGUAAAUAAAACAAUCCUCAGUGAAACACUGUGGGAAAGGCUGCCGUCCAGAAACGUGUAACUUUUCUACAGCUCGGUAAUGGUGGUUGUUGCUUGCUUUGAAAAAGAAAAAUACAUUGAAGUGAAAACAUUCCAAAGGAUGAUAUUUGUUCUCAUGUCUAACGAAGGAAAGGAUAUAU